GGAUGCCUUCACCCGCUUCACCAACCAGACCCAGGGCCGGGACCGACUCUUCAGCGUGAAGAGCUAUGACGGCAGUCAACAAGGGCCCAGCCUUGCCGGAUGGAGACCUCCCUGAGCAAGAGAACGUCCUGCAGCGAGUCCUGCAGCUGCCAGUGGUGAGCGGCACCUGCGAGUGCUUCCAGAAGACCUACGCCAGCACCAAGGAAGCCCACCCCCUGCUGGGCUCUGUGUGCAAUGCCUACGAGAAGGGUGUGCAGGGCGCCAGCAGCCUGGCGGCCUGGAGCAUGGAGCCCGUGGUCCGCAGGCUGUCCACCCAGUUCACAGCAGCCAACGAGCUGGCCUGCCGAGGCCUGGACCACUUGGAGGAAAAGAUCCCAGCCCUCCAGUACCCUCCUGAAAAGAUCGCCUCUGAGCUGAAGGACACCAUCUCAACCCGCCUUCGCAGUGCCAGGAAUAGCAUCAGCGUUCCCCUUGCCAGCACUUCGGACAAGGUCCUGGGGGCCGCUCUGGCCAGCUGCGAGCUCGCCUGGGGGGUGGCCAAAGACACGGCCGAGUAUGCUGCCAACACCCGGGCCGGCCGGCUGGCCUCCGGGGGGGCCGACCUGGCCCUGGGUGGUGUCGAGAAGGUGGUAGAGUACCUCCUCCCUUCAGCCAAGGAAGAGUCAGCCCCUGAUCCAGGACACCCGCAGGUCCAGAAGCCUCCCAAAGGCAAGCGGAGCCUGGUGAGCAGGGUCGGUGCCCUGGCCAACACCCUGUCCCAACACACCUUCCAGACCACAUCCCGGGUGCUGAAGCAGGGCCACGCCCUGGCCAUGUGGAUCCCAGGUGUGGCGCCCCUGAGCAGUCUGGCCCAGUGGGGAGCGUCGGCGGCCUUGCAGGUGGUGUCGCGGCGGGAGAGUGAGGUGCGGGUGCCCUGGCUGCACAGCCUCGCCGCCACCCAGGAGGAGGACCACGGUGACCACACAGACGGAGAGGAGACGGAGGAGGAAGAGGUGGAGGAGGAGGAGUCCGAUGCCGAGGAGAACAGGCUCAAUGAGGUGGCAGCCCUGCCUGGCCCACAAGGGCUCCUGGGCAGCGUGGCCCACACCGUGCACAAGGCCCUGCAGAGCACCGUGUCAGCCGUGACGUGGGCGCCCGUGGCCGUGCUGAGCUCGGCAGCCAGGCUGCUGCACCUCGGCCCGGCCCCCGCUGUCUCCUCCAGCAAGGGGAGGGCCAUGUCCCUGUCGGACGCCCUGAAGGGCGUCACUGACAACGUGGUGGACACGGUGGUGCACUACGUGCCGCUCCCCAGGCUGUCGCUGAUGGAGCCCGAGAGCGAAUUCCGGGACAUCGAUAACCCGCCCGCCGAGGCCGAGCGCCGGGAGGCGGAGCGCAGGGCGUCUGGGGCGCCGCCCGCGGGUGCGGAGGCCGCGCCGCGCCCCCCGCAGCCCCGCAGCAGCCUGCGGACGGCGCGCAGCCUCGGGGGUCCCGGGCCGGAGGACAGGGCGGACGCGCCCGCCGCGCCGCGCCCGGCCUUCCCGGCGGUGCCCCGCGAGAAGCCCACGCGCAGGGUCAGCGACAGCUUCUUCCGGCCCAGCGUCAUGGAGCCCAUCCUGGGCCGCGCGCAGUACAGCCAACUGCGCAAGAAGAGCUGAGCCGCGCGC